AUGGCUACCAAAGGUGGAAUGAUGAAAAUCAGUGAUGGUGCAAUGGAUCUGCUGGAGGAGUCAGAUGAAGACCUUUUCCGAGAUGAAGAUGAUAAAGUACCUAAGAAGGGGAAAUUUAGGGUAUCUGCUCCUAAAGUAGACCAACUGGAGUUACUCAAUCUGGAAAUAGGCAUCUUGAGUUACCCAAAAAGUUAUCAAGUAAACACUCCUAAAGAAGAGAAAAUGCUCCAAUAUGCUGAAAAUUUCAGACGACAAUAUAUUUAUCUGUACCCAGACAGAAAACCACUGCUUCUUAAUCCACUCAAUGAAUGUCAAGUUGAGAAAUUUGUAAGCACGACACUCCGCCCAACAUUGCUGAAGCACGAGGAACUGUACAACUGGAAGGACUGUGCCCAAUUUGUGGCUGACUUUCUAAUAGUAGAUCCUUUAGAUCCUAUCAAUGAUGUGCCAGAAUACUUAUUUUCCCCAACCACCUUCCUGAAACGUCAGAAGGGAAACUGCUUUGAUUUCAGCAAUCUGCUCUGCUCAUUACUGAUUGGCACGGGAUACGAUGCAUAUUGUGUCAGUGGAUAUGCUGUCAAAGAAAUGUGUCUGGUGGAUGAAACAAGGGAGAUCUGUCCACUGCUGAAAGAAAGUGAUCAAAUCAAUAAAGAACAUGAAAAACCACCUGUGAAGAAAUACUCGGUGAAACCAGUCCGAGAGUUAAGGAGCAAAUUUGAAAUGAAACAGGAAGCACGCAGGCUGGCAGAGGAGAAGGCAGAAGAGGAAAGGAAGCAGAAAGAACUAGACUAUUUGGCAGAUCUCAAGAUCAAAGGAACGCAUGACGUCAUGCAUGGUCUGCGGGUGCAUUGUUGGGUUUUGGUGCUUUCAGGCAAAAGGGAAGUCCCAGAGAACUUCUUCAUUGACCCUUUCACAGGAAACAGCUAUGAAACUACUAAUGAAAGAUUCUUGGGAAUUGAGAGCAUUUGGAACCAUCGUAACUACUGGGUGAACAUGCAGGACUGCAAGUUUGGUUGCAAGAACGUUGUCUUUGACCUCGGUGACCCUGUGAAAUGGGAGUAUAUGCUGCCUGACUCUGAUAAUUCGCAGGUUGUCCUCCCUGAAUCCUAUGAAUACCUUGUGGACGAAGUUGAUGAUGAUGAUGAAAAGGAAUUGGAAAAGAUUUUUGACAUGCCUCCUUCGUGGGUACAACCAAUUGUUAUUCCUGCUAAAGACAUUGAAACACGCUGUCCAAAAGGUGAGAAGAUAAUUCAGUAUAAGAAGGCAAACUUAGAGAAGUAUGCACCAUACUUGAACAUUGAUGGGAUGGUGAAGCGACUGAUAGAAUACGAGGACAUUGAAUGUACUUCAUUUGUGAAGGUGACAGAGUGGUAUGCAAACAGAAAGGACAUGCUGGAGAGAAUUGAACGCAACAUGAGAACUCGCACCAUUACGGAGCAUUUUAAGAAUGGCCGAUAUAUGGCAGUUAAGAGGCACAUAUAUCGAUCGUCUGAACCAGAGACUGAUCGGACUUUGAAGUACAACAGCAGGCUACGUGUGGAUGGACUGGUGAGCAGAGUGGAAACACCUGCAGAGAUGACAGAGAAAUUCAAGAACAGGCCAGAUUUCCUCACUUACAGACAAACAAUAUUUGCCAAACGAAUGAGGAAAGUGAGGCUCCCUGGAGUUUUUCAUUUAAACUAUCGCACCAUAUUGAAAAUAACAGAGCGUUUUGCCAGAAACAGAAAAAAGCCAGCUCACGAGGAUGUGGCAGAACAAGUAUUUCUGAUCACUGCAGAGCACAUCCAUCUGACUUAUCAUCGAGAGGAUGACAGGAUUACAGCACUGAAACGUGAAUUCGCCCUCCCACCAAACUUGAUGCAAAAAGAUGACCAAGAGAUUAACAUGGAGCAGAUUGUCGUCACUUUUGAGGUUGACCCAUUGGCGAAGCCUUGCAAAAAUGUGGUUCUGUAUCAAACCAUGAUGGACCUGCUGAAGACACAGGCUGCUUCGAUGCAAAGUGUCAGAGAUUCAGAGCAUGAGAUACGUGAAUUUCUCAAGGACAGAGCAGCUGAACGCAAGGCAAAUGAGCUGGUUAUCUCUGUGUAUGACACAGAAAGAAAUGAAAAGGCUAAAGAACACAGAAAGGAGCAGGUGCGGUUAGAGGAGGAACAGCGACUGCGGCGUGCUGAGGAGGAGCUUGAUUAUCUUGCACCAUUCCUUGCUCGACUCGGACAGCCCAGAAGAAUUACAAAGAAAGUAGCCAUGACACUCAGGAACGACUGCUUAACCGACAUGAAGCAGAGGCUCAUCGAUAAAGCCAAUCUCAUCCAAGCCCGUUUUGAGAAGGAGGCCAUGGAGCUGCAGAAUAAACAACAAUGGUACCAGCAGAACCAGAUAUUCAUGACCAAGGAAGAUGAACAGGCUUACUUGGCCUACUGCUCGGAGGCUAUGUUCCGCAUCCACAUCCUUGAAAUGCGCCUCAAUAAGUAA